AUAAAAUUUCGCAACAGCUUCUAGUCCAAAUCCAAUCCUUCCCGUCUCCGUCGAUUCCACCUGAUUCGGUCAUUCGGACGAGGAGCAAAAUCACCGUCAUAAUUCGCCGGCAACUCUUCCCCGAAACCCUAGUAAUUUAACAGGUAGGGAGCAAUGACGACUGCAGCUCGACCAACGUGGGCUCCUGCCAAAGGUGGUAAUGAACAAGGCGGUACCCGAAUUUUCGGUGCAUCACAGAAGUACUCAUCAAGGGACCUUGCUGCUCAUACAAAUCUCAAGCCGAGGAGGGAAGGUCAAGACACUCAGGGAGAGCUUCAAAAAAGGGACCUUCGUGCGGAGCUUGAACAACGUGAAAGGAAGCAUUUCUCAUCGAAGGACAGGUCAUACAGUGAUGACAGAGACCGUAGAAGGGGAAGUCAGCUUCUUUUGGAAGGUUUGAAAAGAGAUGCAGAAGACCGCAUUGUUCCUCGCAGUCAAGAUGCCGAUGAUUCAGAUGGUGAAGCAAACAACAGCGACAAGAGUGAUGAUAGUGACGAUGAUGAUGACGAAGGUGAUACCCAAGCUCUGAUGGCUGAGCUUGAGAGGAUAAAGAAAGAAAGAGCAGAAGAAAAGCUCCGACAGGAGCAAGCACUUGCAGCUGAAGAGUUGAAAGCCAAAGAAGAGCAGCUUCUCCGUGGAAACCCAUUGCUUAAUAGUAAUAACCCAACAUCUUUCAGUGUGAAAAGAAGGUGGGAUGACGAUGUGGUUUUCAAGAACCAGACCAGAGGUGAAACCAAGACGCCAAAACGUUUCAUCAACGACACAAUCAGGAAUGACUUCCACCGCAAGUUCUUGCAUAAGUACAUGAAAUAAUUUCGGUGGUAGCAGCAGCAACAACAGUGAUCAAAAUCAUUCGAGAGCUUAGCCUCCAUCAAAAGAUGGCUGUGUUUUAUCAUUUCCAUGUACUUAUGUGUCUGUGGCACGUUAAGCAAUCAACUCUGUUCAUUCCAUCUCCACUUUUUGCGUCUGUGCUUUUCCUUUCGGAUGAUUCGUUAUCAACUUUGUAGCUGACAAAUGAUUGUAUUUAUGUGAAUUAUGCUGUCAAAUUUGUUUCUUUCUCAAAAUCAAUGGCUGCUUUAGUCAGAAAUUUCUAAAUUUUGAGCUACGGACUUGCAAAAAUGCAAUUUCUUCCCAAAAGGACAACAGGAGUACAGAGUUGCAACUUGCAAACUUACCAGAAACAUAUACAAUCAGGCCAAUAGCCAACCCAAUACCAAACCAAGCAGCCCCGACAUACAUUAGCAACAGUUGCUGCUUGCUACCAUGAUUUUGUACACCGAGCCAGAGUAAAGGAAACCAAAAGACCACCAAUAAAAAGCUGAACAAUAGGUGCCCCAAGAAAACAACAUUCUACGAGGAUCCUAGCAGUAUACACUUCAACUUCACAACAGGAAAAAGACCGUGAGGUGCGAGCAAACCUUGUUUUUCCUAUUUUUGACUUGCUUAAUCGCCUCAGUUCUUCUUUGGCUCUUCUAACACAAAUUCCACAUACAAAUCCUUGAGGCCGAUAACAACUGUCGUAAUCAAUGGACCCAUGAUUGCCCCCUCCACUGCGGAGGGAAACAAUGUCAUUCCACCAAUGAUGCUGAGCCCAGUGAGAUACUCGUUGUGUCCAGGUAUAUCCUCCUGAAUUUCUGAAGCACCAUAAUCCAUAAGCAGAAGAUGAAUCACCGACAGGCUGAUCGCCAGAACAUACCUGCCCUCUAGCACCAGCUGCACAGCAGCUGGAAUCGUGGAAAACCAUGGUGGAAAUAUCGGCAGCAGAGGACUGAUGAUUGCAAGAACAGUAGACACAUAAAGGAAGUGGAUUUUGUAAAGCCUCAACAAUAGCCAUGUUAAACAUCCUUGAAAGAAUGCAAUCUCAGCUGUAGCCAGGAGAACACCGGAAAUGGCCUUGUCAAGAACCUCGACACACCUGGUCCUCACUGAUUUCCUCAUUGGCAGCAUGCACAUCACCUGCUCGGUUACCCCACCAGACUCCGAUGUGAUCAGGUAAUACAAAACCCAGAAGAAAACCAUCGACAUGGAGACAAAAUUGAAAACCUCAGCUGCUCCAGAGAUGAUAGAGUUCCCAACCGACAGCAUCAGCUUAGCACCUCCCCCUAGCACUGAAGCACUGCUGGCAAAAACACGUUGAGAGACAUCCAUCCCUCGAAGAGCAAACCCUUUCGCCUUCUCGAGUAUAUCCUCACGGCUAAUAAUUAGUUCCUUGAAGAUUGCAUCCAGUUCAGUGUAAAUUUCUCCCCAUUGGCGGUCACUAACUUUCUUUCUUAAGCUCAUGAGCUUCUCAGUGUAAGGAGGUGGGCUCAUCAUAAGAGCUGAUUGCUCUAAAGAAGAAUUGGUUGGAGGAGUGAUGAUGAAAUGCUUGAUCCCCGUGACCAAUUCAGUGACGUUAUACUGCAUUGCAAGACUAUCAAUCUGGUCAGAAACUGUCUCGUAGAACGUGGUUGUAUACCUAUCAACCAUUCCAGGGACAUCAUUCUCAUCCAUCCACUUCCUCACACCAAACUUCUCAGCAUAAUUGCUCUCUUCCACAUGAGAUUUUAAAGAAAUUACAGCAUCUUUCCCUUCAACACCAAUCUUGUAUGAGAAGAAUAUCAACCCAACUAAGAAUCCGACAAUCAUGCCAAUAAUAAGGCCAACUGCAACUGUUGUCUUGAGUUUCUUCAAUAUCCCUCUAGUGAAGAAUGCAGUAAUCGGACUGCGCUUAAAGCUGUUGCUCCUAAAAGAAGAAACAGCAGAGAAUGUGGAAUCUACAGUCUUUGUACUGCACAAGAUACCCAAACCUAGAAUGGAGAGCGCCCCCAUAGCACCAAUGUUCUCAUAGGCAAUUACAAAGACACCAAAUGAGACCAACCACCUCACUAGCUUGGAAAAUCCACUUCGAUUCCUCUUGAUUCGUUCCUUUUUGGGAUUUUUCUGUAAAACCCUAAGGCAAAGCUCUUUAAUUUCGACAAGGGUCCCUACGAAAACCUGGAAAAUUGCUAUGGGGACGGCGAGGACAGUCUCAGUGAGCCCUAAUUGGAGAGGCUCCUCCCAAAAUGAAACGAGGGCCUGCUGAAUGCCCCUCAAGGGUAUGGAGCACAAAAUUGCCCACUGAAUUGGGCGCAAAUACUCCUGAAGGAGCUUACAGACGAAAUAGAGAACGAAGAUUGUGAAGGCGAGACCGGCGUGUGCCAUGGCUAUGCAGAGAGCGAGUCGUACCUGGGGAUCCCCCAAAAAGGUGGCGUCUUUAUUAGUUUGGUCGCUCGAAUUAGAGGACCCAGAUGGAUUCGGAGGCUUGCCGGAGGGCGCCGUGGUGGGUUUGCGAAAUGAGGCCGAUUUGAACAUAUCCUGCCAUGGCAGAGUUGAAGAGGAAGAAGAAGAAGCAGACUCCGGCGCCUUGGAAUCUGGGUCGGCGUAUGGAACCAACUCCAUUGCCGGAAAAACCGAAAUGGUUAUCUGCAGACACGAUAGGAGGGGAGGAAUCAAUAGAAAGGCGAGAGUCUGCAGAUAACCAAAGGAGGCGGGCGAAUUUGGAUAUCCUCUGCGUGAGAGCAGAGGGAAUUAUUUUUUUCUGAACGAGGGAAAGACCGAAGAGACGGACAAUAAUGAUGAAUGUGGGGGACCAGGCAGCCAAUCAGAGGACGACAGAUGUGAUUUUGUACAGAGGGCAGUUUGGAUUCUUAUGAAAAAGAAAUUUUUGUCGGCUGUUUAGCGGGAAAUAUCUCAGACGUGGAGGGAGUGGAGAAACAGAGGAAUGCGGGAAGAGAACAGAGUAGGGGAAGAGAGAGAGACAGAAAGGAGUUAU